UCCCUCCCCCUCCUUUAAGAUCAUCUUAAUUAUUUUAAACUAGUGGCUGAAGGCUCUGGCAGCAGUCAGCCUGCGUUUAAAUGGAAGUCCAUUGCAACAUACUCUCAUAAGAGUACAAUUGUUAAUGUCCUGUAUGUGGUGGUGUUUUUUUUUUUUUUCUGUAAGUUCCCGGUUGCUGUAGCAGCAUUUGAGGAAGUCCCUCAGCAAGCAGAACACCCGUAGCUAACCGUGACAGUGGAGGAAGCUAGACAAGGGGGAAUGAGGAGCCGGGCUUCAGAAUUCAGAUAUCACAGCUAAAAAAAAGAAAGGCACGGAUGCCAUUUUGAAGCUCACUACGUGGCGAAGAAAUGAACUGAGGUGGAGCUCCCCUGUCCCAAAAUGGAGGAAGGGGCGUCCCUGCCCGUGGCUGAAUGGCUCAGAGCCCUUCACCUGGACCAGUACCUGGAGAGCUUUGAGAAGAACGACCUCUGGAAGGUGUCGGACUGCAGGAACCUGACAGAUGGGGCGCUGACCCAGAUUGGGAUCUUGCUGCCGGGCCAUCGUAAGCGCAUCCUCUUUGGGCUCCAGAAGGCCUUCAUGGAGACGCCGCCAGCCACAGAGGGCCCCGUGGUAGCAGCGAGGAGGCCAGUCCCCAUGAAACGCAACAUUUUCCGGGUCAGCACGGGUGCCGUGACUGCCCAGGCAGAGCCGGAGCUCAAAGGUGACUCGGCCACGCCAGCCAGCAGGAAGUCUCCUCUUCUCACUGAGCUGGAGAACCCUGCUGGCCUCAGCCAGGUGCCCCCACCCAUCCCCCCUAGACUGGGGUGUCGCCCUCCCGUCAAGUUCUCCUCAGCAUCAUCUCCUGUCUCUGUCGAACUGUCCCCUGCUAUCCCCUGUCGCUCCGAACCGCCCUCCUUCACUGACUUUACCCCUCCGCUUCCCGCUCCUCUGCCAGCCAGAGACAAGCUCUCUCUGGGGCCAGUGGUCCCUGAAGGGAAGAGGAAACCACCGCUGCCCCCUUUGCCACUGAAACGCCACCAGCUGGAGACUAAGCCCCUUUCCCUCAAGGUGCCCCCUCUGCCAAGCCGACCACCCUUGCUGCCACCAAGGGCUUUGUCCCAGAGGAUGGCCACCAGCUUUCCUGAUAGAGAGGAAUGCCAGGCCUCUGAGCCAGUGCCUAUUGUCCCACCCCCUCUGCUUCCUGUCCUUCCUCCUCUGAAACCACAACAAGAGAGUCCCCCAGAACUGCCUUCCAGACCAGUUGAUCUCUUCCUGCCGGAGUUCGACGACUCUGAUUAUGAAGAACCCCCGUGGGAGGAGGAAUUGGCAGCUGCUUCAGGAGAAAUGAGUGACAAGGACGAUGCCGAGACCAUGAGGGGGCGGCUGCGCUCAGAGCGUGUCAACAGCCUGUUCAGCGAGGACGAGCUCAUUGAAGACUAUUACGACCAGCCAGCUGCCAACGACAGCAGCUGUUGGAAUGACUAUGGCUUGAGCACCCUGCAGUCCAGUGGCACCGUGUCCCGCAGCAUCAGCAUGCACAGCGGCAGCACGGAGGGGUUGGACGCCUCUGCCCAGCUCUUACCUAUCAUCAAAGCCGGGUGGCUGGACAAGAACCCUCCCCAAGGCUCAUACAUCUACCAGAAGCGCUGGGUGAAGCUAGACGCCGACUACCUCCGCUAUUUUGACAGCGAAAAGGACACAUACUCCAAGCGCUUCAUUCCGGUGACCUCAAUAGUCCGUGUGGCCAGCAUCGGGGACCAGAAAUUCGAGGUGAUCACUAACAACAGGACCUUCGCCUUCCGGGCUGAGAGUGAUGCGGAUCGUAACGAGUGGAUGAGGACCCUCCAGCAGAUGGUGGACGAGCGGAAGUUCAAGGGCUUGAACAGGAUAUCCCUGUUCCAGCCGCCCACCAGUGCCUUGGACUCAGUGGACAAGUGCGGGCUGCUGGAGCUGCGGGGCUUUAAGAACAAGCUGUAUGUGGUGGUGGCUGGAGAUAAGGUUUUCCUGUACAAGAAUGCCGAGGAUUAUCGACAGGGGAUCGGAAUCACCUACAUUGAGAUGAAUGUGGGGAACGUGAAGGACGUGGACAGAAGAGGAUUUGAUCUGACGACACCUUACAGGAUCUUCAGCUUCUCGGCAGACUCGGACCAGGAGAAGGACGAGUGGGUGGAGGCCAUGCAGCAGUCCAUCACCGAGGCCCUCUCCAACUCGGAGGUUGCGGAGAGGAUCUGGUUGGUGGAGGCAAACCGGUUCUGCGCAGACUGCGGGUCGCCCAAACCCGACUGGGCCUCCAUCAACCUUUGUGUCGUCAUCUGCAAGAGAUGCGCAGGAGAACAUCGGGGGCUGGGGCCAAGCAUCACCAAAGUGCGGAGCCUGAAGAUGGACAGAAAGGUGUGGACAGAGGAGCUGAUCGAGCUGUUCUGCCAGGUUGGGAACUGCGUGGCGAAUCAGUUCUGGGCAGCCAACGUGCCCCCCAGCGAGGCUAUCCAUGUGGCGAGUGGGAGCCAGGAGCGGAGACGCUUCCUCAUAGCCAAGUACAAGGAGGGCAAGUAUCGGCGCUACCACCCACUCUUCGGCAACCAGGAGGAGCUCAACAAGGCCCUGUGCGCUACGGUGACGACCAGCGACCUGGCUGAAACUCAGUCCUUGGUAUUCUGCGGGGCGGAGGUGAGCUGCUUCUCCGGGGACCCCGACUUCCCGAACCCCAUCGCCUUAGCCGAGCAGGCUGGACAGAAGCUGCAGAUGGAAUUCCUGCUUCAUAACAAAAACUCAGAGAUCCCGCAGGUGGAAGCGGGGAGCAGCGAGGAGAAGCACUACUCGGUGAUCCUGCCAUCUGUCACUCACAACGGCUUCCUCCACAAGACGCCCUCCAUGGCCAAGCUGGUGCAUGAACGGAAAUCCCGGGAAGAAUUCAGCCGCCGCUGGUGCACCCUCAACGACAGCAUCUUCAGCUACUACGAGAAUGAUCGCAAUGCCGUGCCUAAUGGCGAGAUCAAGAUGGAGGAGAUCGUGUGCCUGGUGAACAACCCGCCUGACACCCACGGGUUUGAGAGCACAUUUGAGGUCUACAUCGAAUCGGAGAGACUGUACCUCUUUGGGCUGGAUAACCCAGAGGCCAUUCGGAAGUGGGUCAAGUCCAUAGCCAAGUCCUUCAUCCACCCCCGAGCGGAUGAGCUGCUGAGUUACGACUUCGAGCGGAUCGGACGGCUGCAGUACAAGGGCGGCCUGAACCUGGAGCGGGCCAAGGAGGGCUGGUUCGCCCUCGCCCAGUCCGUCCUCUAUGCCUUCUUCGAGGACAGUGACAAGGAGGAGGCUGUGCACCUGAAGAAGCUGCAGGAGCUCUCCAUCCAAGGGGACAGUCUGGUUCUGGUGGAGAGAAGAAGGACGCUGUACAUCCAAGGGGAGAGGAAGCUGGAUUUCUUGGGUUGGGUGGCUGCCAUCCAGAAGGCUGCGGGGAGCUCCGGCGACACGUUGUCUGAGCAGCAGCUCACGGAGUCGGACAUCCCCGUCAUCGUAGACAGAUGCAUCGAUUACAUCACGCAGUGCGGGCUGACCUCGGAGGGGAUUUACAGGAAGAGCGGCCAGAAUUCCAAAACCACCAGCCUGCUGGAGAUGCUCCGGAAGGACGCGCGCAGGGUCCGGCUCAAGGAAGGGGAGCACCACGUGGACGAUGUCUCCAACACGCUGAAGAGGUUCUUCCGAGACCUCGGGGAUGGGCUCUUCACCAAAGAGUUCUGCCAGGACUGGCUGAAGGCAGCAGCGGUUGAAAAUGAGGAGGAGAAGGUCAGCCAGUACCGCCAUCUCCUGAGCAGCCUCCCCGUGGUGAACAGAGCCACAGUCAAAGCGCUGAUCAACCACCUGUACCGGGUCCAGUACUUCUCCGAGAUGAACCAGAUGAACACACACAACCUGGCAAUCGUCUUCGGGCCGACGCUUUUCCAGACGGACGGGAAGGACUACAAGGCAGGGCGUGUGGUGGAGGAUCUCAUCAGCCGCUAUGUGGUCAUAUUUAGUGUGGACGAACAAGAGAUGAGGAAACAGCAGGACGAGAUCCAAGCCAUCAUCAAGAUGCGGAUAGCCGGCUCCUCCAGUGGAACCCAGCAAGCCGGGGACUUCAUCUGCACAGUGUAUCUGGAGGAGAAGAAGACGGAAGCAGAGCAGCACAUCAAGAUCCCAGCCACCAUGACGGCAGAAGAGCUGACCUUCGAGAUCUUGGACCGAAGGAAAAUCGAGACGAAGGAGAAGGAGUACUGGAGCUGCUUCGAAGUGAAUGAGAGGGAGGAAGCAGAGCGGCCCUUGCACUACUCUGAGAAAGUCCUGCCUAUCUUGCAUGGCCUGGGGACAGACAGCUACCUGGUGGUGAAGAAGCAGCUGUCCAUGGAGAACAUGCUUAUCUAUCUAGCCAGCAGAGUGAGCGACAGCAAGCACGGCAUGAUGAAGUUCCGGGAGGAGAGAAACGUGCUAGGUCUUGGGCUGAGCACGGGCUUCCACGACCGAUACUUCAUCCUGAACAACAGCUGCCUGAGGCUCUACAAAGAAGUGCGGAGCUUGAAGCAGCGGAUCCCUGCCGUGGAAACUAGCCACAGGCCGGAGAAAGAGUGGCCAGUCAAGAAUCUGAAAGUCUACCUGGGAAUUAAGAAGAAACUUCGCCCUCCAUCCUGCUGGGGAUUCACGGUGUUCUAUGAAAACGAGAAGCAUGAAAAGCAACAGUGGUACCUGUGCUGCGAUACCCAGAUGGAGCUGCGGGAGUGGUUCGCAUCCUUCCUCUAUGUACAGAACGGCGGGAACGUGUGGCCCUCCGAAUCCUCCAAGGUGCGGGCGUCGCGGACGCAGCAGGACUCCAGGUUGGGUAACAUCUCGCUCAUCCCUCUGCGGGGCAAUGAGAAUGAGAUGAGGAACAGUGUGGCUGCUUUUGCUGCUGAUCCGCUAACUCUUCUUCGAAACGUAUGAGCCGGAGGCCUAACACGUCAGGUCUGUUUGCGAGAGGUGGGAGGCAGCCUGAGAGCCCAGGAGUGCACAAGUCACGUCACGUUGUCCCUGCUCACCCAGCGGGGUCUGCGCGGAGCCCGGGGGGCUCUCUGAAUGCGUGCCAGCCCCUUGACCCAAUCAUCUCUUUCUAUGGCAACGCCGACAGCAGCAGCAAAACAAUAAGCAACCAUGUUUGAUUUAAGGAAAAUGAAUCCAUUGGCAAUGAGCGAGGGACCCAGGAGCUGCUUCUGAAGGGUUAAUUAGUCAAGCAAACAUCGUCUCAUCAGUCGUCUCGCCAGCUGUCAGUGCCAUGACCAGCCGAACCCCAGAGACAGGGCAGAGGCUGUGCUGGGGCGGGCUGUUCUGGACCCAUCGCUUCACCUGGGAGUGUCUUUCUCCCCCAUCACCAGCUGCUUCUUGCUUCUUCUUGGGUCCUGAAUGAAAACUGGAAGGGGGGCAGGCUGGGCUGGCCCCUCUCUGGUGCCGGCUGCUGCUCCGGGAGGGGUAAGGGCCUGGGGGAACUCUUGCUUUCUUUAAUAUCGCUCUCUCUCUAUUUGAAACCACAAGCCACGGAAAGGCGGCAAGGACCGUCCAGCCAGUCCAGGCAGAGACGUUCCCGUGAGGGUGCUUCUGCUGGUGGAAGCAUUAAUCCUUCCCAAGGAGGAGCGGCGGGCUAACCCCGGCCGUUCUGUAUCACUACGUUGGAGAAGGGCUGCAGACGACCCACAGGGGGAGCGGAUCAAAGGCUCCCAUCUCUGCUGCUGGACCCUCAGAGGCGCACGCCGCUUUGCUCCUUCUCCCAGGCUGCCCGAUCCCGUGGCCACGUGGGCCUUUCGGGCGAAAGCUUCCAAGCCGGGCAUUAGAGCGGGGAGCGUCCCAGCACCCAGCCAUGGGCAUGUGCAGAUGGCUGAGUGGAGCCACAGCUGGGACACGUGGCUUGAGGGGCCCUGGUGGAAGCAGCAAGAGACUGGGGCGGGGAAGUGGGGGGGAUGGGACUCUGGACCAGCCUGAAGUUGAGCUUGGCAUGGGCUGUUUGUCCUGGGUGUCUUGCCUCGUGGUGUAUAGGAAACUGAAAACUUUGGCUGCUGCAGUGGCUGUGGGCAGGGAGAGGGGCCAGCGCUGCCCUGGUCAACAGCGUCUUUGGUUAUUGUUAAUAUUAAAUGCCUGGGGAAGUCAGUGUGAUGGUGUCCCCGUGAUUCUGGGCUGCAGGGUAACAUGAGGGGCUGGCAGCUUGAAUGCAUCAGGCCAAUGUCGGGGAUGGCCCUUUACCCCCGGGCUGCAAGCUGAGGUAAAGGGGCAAAGAACCGUGGUCUUGGGGCUGCAGGCCAAGAUGGAGGAGCUGGGGUAGCGGGGAGGGGCAGUUGCUUCCGCUAGAGGUGAAGAUGGAGGAGCAUGAGCCCAUUGUUUUAGGGCCCAGGCCAAGAAGGAGAAGCAGUGGCCCUCUUCAUCGGGACUGUAAGUCGGGACAGAGAAAGAGGCCAGUUUCUGUCUCCGUCAGUGUUCAAAAGUGGGUGCUCAGAGAGGUGAGCCAUCCGUCACUAAGGCACGUAUCAGGCAAGCCAGAGUGUUCUCCAGUUGACUAGCUACAUGGAAGAAUUCCUCUGUUUAAAAGUCUCCCUUUUCUUUAAAAGCCUAGGAGAUUCUAGACAAAAAAAAACAAAACAAAUUAUGUUAAAAGAACAUUACAUCUACAUGGUCAAGCUCUCAAAAGCCAGGAAAUGUCAAAAGUAAGGUUAUCCAGGCAGCUUUAACUCUGCCCCUUGAACACGUGCAUUAUAAUAUCAUGUUUAAUGAUGUGAUCACAUGCCAUUUUCUCUGCAAACCCUCUGCCCCAUUCCUUGUUUGCUGAAUGAGGCAGGGACCACACAGCGAACAGCUGUCUCGUUUGCUGCAUGCCAGGCAGCUUGUGCCCUGAAUGAGGCAGGUGCUGCAGGAAACCAGUGUGUGAUCCUGUAAUUAAAGAGUGUUUUGUAACGCAUACCCAAGGGGAAGAGUUAAGGUUAUGUAGCAAUUUGUAACCACAUAACCUUAACGUAAGCAUCUUUUUGGUAUAGAAUAGAGUAGUAAUAUUCUGUCUACAUAUAGCACCUUUCAGCUGGGGAUGGCAGAGCACUUUAUCCUUAUCCUCCUUUGUAAUGUUGCUCUUUCUAUCAGGGCUUGCACUCUAAAGAACAGCUCUGAUGCAAUGCCCUGGAAAACUGAAGUUAGAAUUAAGCAUGGCCAUUUAUUUAUCCUGUUAACCUGGGCCAAGGGAAGGGGGCUAUAGGGAUAAUAAAUGUUUUGCACUUCCUUAGCCUCUUUUGCCCAAGGAUCUCUAAGCACUAGAAGAGCCCCAUUGUAAGGGUUAGUUCUGGGGGGUUCAGAUCACAUUUCACUCCCCCUCACACACUGAAACGUAGCCAGCGUCAGGACGACACAGCUGCUGUUUAACAUCAGUGUCGCACUCCACAUCAGGCCAGGAAGUGAAGAUGAAUGCCAUAUCCUGCUGAAGCUACAGGGGGAAUUUAAGGAGGCCAACUGGAAUGGUCCAAGUAGAAAUAGGCCCAGGAGCCUUGUGUUAACACCUCCUACUCUUGGGGAAAGUACCAGACAAGCUGUGGCCAGUGCUAGAACCUAGUUUCUUGCAUAAAGAAACUGAGAGACCAAGGUGACGGGUUGCUCAGAAACAGCAUGUCCAGUUAGCUAGGGAAUUCCAUCCCAUCCUGGUGGAGGAUGACCUGGCCUCAGUUUUUCAGGCCUUCCUCACCUCUCCUCUGGUUUACAGCCAUAUGAUACACCUGGGCAUGAAGCCUUCAGGGUUUAGGAAACUUACAGCUAAUACAGAACAUUGCAGCAUGUCUUCUUAGCAACAUGGGCUACCGCAAGCACAUCAGGCCUGUCCUCCACUUCCCACAGAACACUGAAUCCAGGUGCAAGGUCCUUAUUUUCAGAGCAGUCAAUGGCCUCAGCCCAGGGUGUCUAAAAUAGUUUGCGGCUCCAGGAGGAGGACUGGUGUGGAGCACUUCACUCCUCUGGUACAGUAGAACUUGCCAACGUUAUCUGUGCUGGAGACAGAACUUUGUCAGGGGCUGGUCCCAGACUGUGGAGUGAACUCCAGGAACUAAAGAUCAUCAUAAACCUCCUCACCUUCCACCCCCAGGUCAAAGGAGCUUCUCCAAUCAGCCUUCUCGAACAGAGAGAGAUGGAGGGUGCCACUUAGCCCUGGCAUUAAUUGGAGCAGCUGAGGAGCUGCUCUAACUUACACCUGUGGUGUAAGGUCCAUAAGAAGACAGGACACCAGUGCUCCAUGGGUCUUGCCACCUCUCAGGAUUUCGGCACAGGAUUGUAGGAAACAGCUGCAACCAUGCAUAGGUCUAAAUUACCACCAGGGCUGGAGCAGUUAGUCAUCAAUGAAUCUCGUUUGUUGGCUAACUGGAGUUUUUCGCACCAGUUAUCAGGUUGGUUCCCAUUCCCCAAACGGCUUCUUGAAAUGUGAUUCUGAAGCAGACACUGUCUGUGUGCAGCUGACUCAGCAAAGCCAACAUGAAUAGCAGAUGAUUAAUGGAAUGAAUGCUAGGAGUAACUGAGUCCCCCAGGGGCUGAGAGAUAGAGAGAGAUAAAGAGACCCACCUUAGGCCGCAGAGAGACAGUCACCAGAGCCAAAAACUAUUCUGGUUGGAGAUCCAAGAAGCUGGAAGCAGCUCACUGCUCUGCUUGGUGAAAGAUUGAGACCCAUGUUUAUGCCUUGUGGGCAUAAAAUGGACUGAAGUUGGGGCCCGUACGUGCUGCUUGGGGUUUUACACUCUGUGUCGUAUGCAUUGUGGAUGGGAAAAGUCCAACUAUUGAAGGGUGAUGGUCAGGCACCAGAUUUUCCAUUCUGUAGAUCUUUUUUUUUUUUUUAAUUUCUGUUCCUAAAAGGAGCAAAACCAAAAAACAUUGACGUCCUGAAAUAUGAAAUUUCAGGAGAAUAAUUUUAGGUCAAUUUGAAACAUUUUGUUCCAACUUCAGCUUUUUCAAUUUGCUACGACGUCAUCUAAGAUAAAAUAAAGAAAUGGAAAAUUGUUUCCAAAGGA